AUGAGUUUAGUGCCAUAUAAAGAGGGUUCAGUGAUACUGGAUGAUCCGAGAUCAAGGUCUUUGGUAAUUGUGCAUCCAUCGAACGGUUCAUUGGAGUUCUUUCAACAGGUCUUCGAUUUAGAGAACGCUGCAUCGGGAUCAUCGUGGGAUCAAAAGACUACAGCUGCAAUUGCAUCGUUCGUAUGUCCGCAGUGUGGUACCGAGUUCAAUCCAGCUGUUGGUGUAGCUUCCCCUGUGGAUGAAGAAUCUAUACAGGAGGAUGAGUCGAUGAAGGAAUUACCGGUUGCCAGAUCGAUUGGUUCGAGAAGUGACCUACCACGUAAAUACUUCAAGCUGCUGGAGAGCAGUCAUAGGCAUUACUCUUUGGAUCAGGGUCGAGCGACUUUGGGACCUCAACAUCAGUAUUUUAUCCCAGACAGCCUAUUCAUACCAGGAUACUACCGCAAAUUCUUCAAGACUUUAUCACUGCUGGGGAACGGUGCCCGUGGAUCGGUGUACAAGGUUGUACACAAGAUCGGAGAUAUCGAUUUGGGUAUCUUUGCAUUGAAAAAGAUUCCUAUAGGUAACGACAUGGAGUGGUUUCAAAAAUGUAUUCGUGAAGUGAAGGCAUUGAGCUCAUUAACCCAUCGCAGUGUCAAUUUAAUCACUUACAAUCAUGUGUGGCUUGAGAUGAACACUGCAUGCGGAUUGUUAAGGACGCUGGAUGGCCGAGAACCAGAUGCCAUGGAGGAUAUCCCAUGCAUAUUCAUUCUUCAACAGUAUUGUAGUGGAGGCAAUCUCGAGGACUACAUACUCAAGGACGUGUUCCACAAAUUCCAGGAUUUACAAUCACCAGAAGAAAGAAAAAAGAGAUUCUUGUACAAGAGAAAGCACCCGAACGAAUCUCUAGGUCUCUCUACCGGACAAAUUUUGUCAAUAACGAAGGACAUAGCUAUAGGGCUUCAAGAAUUACACGACAUAGGUCUCAUACAUCGAGAUCUCAAACCUUCCAACUGUUUGCUGUUGGAGGAAAAUACUAAAAAAUCCGUUAUCCAGGAAUACAACCCAACGAUAGUCAUUGGUGAUCUAGGUGAAUGUCAGAUUGAUGGGGAAUCUAGAACAGCAACUGGAGCUACGGGAACUUUAGAGUUCACGGCACCUGAGGUGAUUAUCCCGGGGACUGGCCACCAUAAGCCUACAAAUUACAACGAAUACACUUUUGCAUCGGACAUGUAUUCGCUAGGUAUGAUUUGCUACUUUAUCGUCUUCGGUGAAUUGCCUUUUAAAUCUCAAUUAGAGAUUGGAGAAUUGAAGCAAAAUAUCAUGAUGUUCACUCUCGACAAGAAUGCUUUAAUGGAAAUGCACAAUGAAAGAAAUCUCAAGCCAAUUGAUAGCAGGAUUUUCGAGCUAAUGGAACUGCUCUUAUCACAGAAUGUCAAUGAGAGACUGACAGCAGCCGAGGUCGUCACCAUGAUCGAGAGUAUAUCAGAGUCUACCGCAGAAGAGAAAUCUGAGAAGGAAGCUUGUAGCAACGAGAUAGCUAUUCUACACAAGGACGAAGUCGUGCCAUCAAAGGACGAUCUUCUUGAAAAGCAUUCUAUAGAAUACGUUGAUCCAAGCGCAGAAAGGUCGUCCUCAAUCGCCAAACGGAGUAAACUGGCUCACAGUAAGAAGAUAUUAUGCGUUACGAUAAACCUAGCUUUAACAGCUUUUACUAUCUCAUCGUCCAACGAUAUGUCACUUGUGUGCUACAUUUCACUAGUUCUGUUUGGAAUGUCUGUAACCUCCAGUCUGAAGGAUCAAAAGUGGUUUCUGGCCAUUUUUGGUUGCCUUGCAUUACGUCACCAAUGGAUUAGAUUUCAUAAGUGA